AAAGUAACUCAACUACAAUAAUAAACAAUGGCUAUUUUCCAAAAAAAUGGGAUUGUGGAGAUGUUGUCGUAUGCAACGAUGAAUUAGCCUUUGGUUUACUUGAGCUUUUAAUUAACUAACUAAUUUUUUUUUUUUUACUCAUUCGCAAAACAAUCUCGAAUAUGGCUAUGCAACCUACGUUAAUCCAAUUCACAUGAAAUGGCAGUUUGAUAUGACCCAAAACUAUAUUCCAUAAGAUAUAGUGAUGGCAAUUUCAACCCGUCUUGCGGGUAUUAUCCGACCUGACCCGUGAUGGGACGGGUAUUACUUGACCCGCAGUAGCGUGGGGCGGGGCAUGGGUAUCUACUUUCGACCUGUCCUGUCCCGCACCGCCCUGUUCUAGACUCAUUUUAUCUCAAUUUCUUACAAUAUCUAUACAUAUUUCUCCUAUUUUGACUUUUCUUCAACUAGUUAGAGUCGAUUUUUCAACUUGUUAGGCUCAAUUAUCCAUGUAAUUAUCAAUAUUUUUCAUUCUUAAAGUGAUUUUCCCUACGUUUUAUUGUAAAAAGUAAUAUUUACUUGUUUUUUUUUUUUAACAACAUGUAAGAGUGGGUCGACCAGCCCCGCCCCGUACCCGUGCGGGUUUUACCCGCCCCGACCCAUAAUAGCGUGGGGCGGGGCAUGGGAAUUGAGAUAACCGCCCCGCCCCGCCCCAUUGCCAUCACUAGAUACCCACUCAGCUCUGAUGACCCGGCCCAAACUUUGAUCGGUUUAUCAAUGUUGCUUCUGACCUUCUGUAAUGGUGGCCCGAACCGCCGGCGGAUCACCACUUUCUCAUCUGUCCAUUUGGAUAUGCGAAAGUGUAUUGAGGCCACAAAUGUCGAAUUUUACCCUAUAUCAUCAUCUUCAUCAUCUACCACGUUGCUUCCCUCCGGCCUCCGCUCCGCGGCUUUCAGUAUUCCCCUGUUAGCUCCCCUGUAUUUUCUCGGUACAAAUAUUCUGUUUCCAAGAGGGAAAAAGGGAAGCGGGGCUCGAUAGAAACGAGGUUUGGAGAUCAUGAGUGGGAAAGCGGUGGUGGCAGUUACAGGGGCUUCAGGUUUCAUAGCAUCAUGGCUUGUCAAGCUUUUACUUCACCGUGGAUACACAGUCAAAGCUUCUGUUCGUGACCCAUACGAUGAAAAGAAGACAGCCCACUUACUUGGGUUGGACGGAGCCAAGGAAAGGUUGCAACUUUUCAAAGCAGAGCUGCUGGAAGAAGGGUCUUUCGACUCCGCCGUUGAAGGAUGCUCCGGAGUUUUCCACACUGCUUCCCCUGUUUUCUUCUCGGCCGCUGAUCCCCAGGCAGAAAUAAUCGAUCCUGCGGUGAAAGGAACCCUCAAUGUUCUCAAAUCAUGUGCUAAAUCUCCUUCUGUAAAGAGAGUGAUCGUAACCUCCUCCACCGCAUCAAUUUUAUACACAGGGAAACUUGUAAACAAAGAUUCAGUUGCGGAUGAGACUUGGUUCUCCGAUCCAGAACACUGCAAGGACCUUAAGAUUUGGUACCAACUUAGCAAGACAUUAGCGGAGAUUGCUGCAUGGGACUUCGCAAAGGAGAAUGGGGUGGAUAUGGUAACAAUACAUCCUGGCCUUGUAAUUGGUCCCUUUUUACAGCCCAGUCUUUGCUUCUCAGUUGAGGUCAUUCUCAACCUUGUUAAUGGGAAUAAGAGCAGCCGGUUGUCCCAUUUUUUGGUGGUUGAUGUUAGAGAUGUUGCAGAAGCUCAUCUCAAAGCUUUUGAGACUCCAUCAGCUUCUGGUAGAUACUGCUUAGUUGAAAGCAGUGUGCCAUUGUCUCAAGUUUUGGAGAUUCUUCAUAAGCUCUACCCAACAUUGCCUCUUGCUGACAAAUGUGGAGAAGUGGAUAUUAUGAACUUGCCUGGAUUUGGGGUAUCAAAGGAGAAAGCAGAAGGGUUGGGGAUCAAGUUCAUCCCGCUGGAGGAGUCGCUUAAGGACACCGUUGAAUGCUUGAAGGAGAAAGAAUUCCUUCAUUUCUGAUUCAGACUUUGCUGUCUAUUGGUUAAAAAGUUUCAUAAUGUUAGCUUCCGACUUACAUUUGGCGAUCAUCUUUGUACUUUGUACUACUUUUAUAAUUAAAGGUGGUAAUUCAAAUAUUUGUCUCAGUCGAGACGGAACUCGAUCUAAAUCCCAUUUUUUAAAUGUCGCGUGUAUUGGCAUUAUUCAAUGUAAUAAUAACUUGCGAGUGUUUAUUAAUACAUUAGUAUAUACUAAUAAUUAGAUUCGUUUGAUUCGUAAUUGCUAAUGAUCUUAUCCAAAAUCAAACCAAUUUAUGAAUUGAUAGUGUAUUUUACCGGUACGUAUAUUUGUGAACUCACUAGUUAUUGUGACCUAACUCAUUACGAUCUAACUUAUCAUGACUAGACUUAUUGACAUUCGACCCAUUAUAUGGUUUCUCUAGCCUCUUUGGUUGCCAAUGCAACCCCUUCACUCAAUAGGGCAGUGCACUGUAGUGCUUAUGGGACUCGACUGUUCUUCAUUCAUUCGCCGUUACUGGAUAGUCACUUUUUUCACUCAAACAUUCCCUCCAUUCAUGACUAAUUAUUUCUUAUAUAUCGAUUAAACGAGCUUAUCAUGCAAGUCUUCCUUAGUAUAAGAUUGACUGAAAACUCCCUUGUUAUUAACUAAUAACAAGAUAAUCUCUUUACAUUACACAAAGGUUUUGCAAAGUAAAUUAUUUUUUACAUAACAAUUUAAUCAGUUGUGAUAUUUUUUGUAACGUAUUUCAUUUAUUAUUAAUCAAUAUUCCUAAUUAUUAACUCAAAUCUUCACCGCGUCAUCAUUUGCAUAAUGCAAAGGUUCUGUAUGUAACUUUGGCAAUCAUGUUUGCUAUAACUCUACCUAAAUUCAACUCACUAAAAUAUGGACCGCAAACACGUUACACAUGCCUACAUUGAUUUGUUAGUGCCUAUGCCUUGUCUCGCUUGAUCCAAAACUCGUUUAUUAAUAUCUGAAUUCUUUUGAUUCGUAAUCAGUAUUGUUUUAAUCCAAAACUGACUAGUUAUCGACUGUUAGUGUUUUACCAUCAUUCUCGUGAUUUGCUAAUCAUCAUGAUUCAACUUAUCGUGACUCUACCUGCCCCAUUAUAGGGCUCCUGUAGCCCCUUGGUUACCAAUGCAAAACCCUCAUCCUAAUUUGGGCAAUGUGAAUGAGAUAAUCCUUCACUCAACCGUUCUUCACGCUUUCCUUCGUUAUUAACAAGUAAUGAAUUUGAUUAAUAAUU